AUGCAAUUUUCGAUUUCCAAUCGUCACCCGAAGAUGUGGACGCUUCAGCUGUUUACCCUGCUAAUCAUUCCGCUGACAUGUGCUUUUGGUCAGAAUCCGGAUGUAGACAUUGUCAAGUCAUGUACGAGCUUUAAAAAGAGUGUUUUUGAAGAAAGAGUCGACUACAGUUUCUUGCUUCCUGAUGCCCCAAUAUAUAGUAAGAUCAUCGAUAAUUGCCGGAGUUACACGCCCCUAAUUGUGGGUGGUCAUCCGGCCCAGCCUCGGGAAUUUGCGCACAUGGCACGUUUGGGACGUCGUCAAGAUCUAGGGAAUAAAACUAACUGGUUUUGUGGAGGCGUUCUAAUUAGCGAAAGAUUUGUUUUAACCGCUGCACACUGUUUGGAAUCGGAUAAGGGUGAGGUAAACGUUGUGCGAUUGGGUGAACUGGAUUUUGAUUCAAACGAAGAAGAUGCGGCUCCCAGAGAUUACAAUGUCAAUCAGUAUAUUAUUCAUCCCAGCUAUGACGAUCCGCAGUUUUAUGAUGAUAUAGGACUAAUUAAGCUAGAAGAGGACGUUGUCUUCGAUGUGUAUAAGCAUCCCGCUUGUCUGCCCUUUCAGGAUGAACGUUCUUCCGAAUCUUUUAUAGCCGUCGGUUGGGGCAGCACAGGACUUGCUUUAAAGCCUUCGGAAACGCUGCAGAAAGUCAAGCUGGAGAAGUACGGAGAUGAGGUAUGCAAAAAACUUCUUGUCCGGCAACUUGAGGAAUUCCCGCAAGGAUUCGACACGAUAAACCAACUCUGUGUGGGUUCGGCAAUGGCCCGGGACACUUGUGAUGGCGAUUCUGGAGGACCGUUGUUGAUUUACCAUCUAGAAUAUCCUUGCAUGUACCAUGUUGUGGCAGUUACCUCAGCCGGAUUAUCCUGCGGUACUCCGGGUAUUCCCGGAAUAUACACUCGAGUUUAUCCUUAUCUAAAUUGGAUAACCAGAACAAUGGCUAGUUCUUAAAAAAGUAUAAUAAAUAUUACUUUGGAAUCAUUGUAAAUUACACAAUAAAAGACCGCUCAGUUUAGACUUUA